UUCAUGGCUUCUGCAACAACAGAUAACCAGGUGAGUACUGCACACAUACCUGAUGAUCUUGCCAUCUCCAUUCUUUCUAAAUUGCCGCUUAAAUCUAUCAAACGAUUCACAUGUGUUCAAAAAUCAUGGUCUGAUUUUUUCGAAAAUGCUCAUUUCAUGAACAUGUUUCGCACCAAUUUCAUAUCCAAAUAUGACGAGAAAGAAGAAAAAAAAUGUCUCCUCUUAAGGGAAAGGAUAGGGACAAGCACCACUGACUUUUGUGACGUGAUGUGCAAGCUUUCCGGUGAUAGGUUUCAAGAUAGGGUGAGAUUAGAUUGGCCACCUCCGUUUCAACAGGAUGAGUCAAAUAUUGAGAUUUUGUAUUGUGCAAGUGUUAAUGGUAUUCUUUGUCUCUACCAACGCCAUGGCAAUUACUUCGAAACAACUACACCUACUGCAACAACUGCAUUGUGGAACCCUGCUACCGGGGAAUAUAAAAUCCUUCCUCCUAGCCUUCAAUCGUAUGAGAACAUUGAGUUUAAUGUAAGUCUUGUGGGAGUUGGUUAUGACCAUAUUAGGGAUGACUAUAAGGUUCUUCGGGUUGCACGACAUCGGACAUCCCAUAGACCUCGACAAUUACAUUUUCAAAGAGGAGCCACAAGUUAUUUUCACAUAUGGGUUUUGGGUGAACUAUGUGUCGGGGAAUCAUGGACUAAAUUCUUUGUCGUUGGACCUUUGUCUUGUGUUUUAUAUCCUAUCGGAGUAGGGAAAAAGAACCAAAUAUACUUCGUAAAAGAAGAUGGAAAGCUCGCUUUGUUUGAUUUGAGUACUCAAAGGAUUGAGGACAAAGGAGACUUGAUUUGUGAGAAGAUUGCAUUUUACAAUGAGAACCCUCUUUCAAUUGAAGGAAUGAGUAACUAA